GUUGGGUUCAGGAAGAAGAAAUAAUGGCGACGCUUCUGGGGUCUGAGUUCUCUAGUAGUGGAAGAAAACGAAGAAAUUGUAACAGCAACAUAGUCACGAAGUUAACGUCUGGUAAAAUAACCGGGAAAGGUUUCAGCCGAGGAACACAGCUCCCUGGAGGCUUGCUUCAGGAGAGAGAUAAACCUGCUAAGUGGCAUGGCAUCCCUGACCUGCUCCAGAAGCUCCACGAGAGCAGCGACCCCAACAGCGACCUCUCCCAGGCUCAUGGCUAUCUGAAGAGCUUAUCAUCACAGCUCUCGAUGGAGGCCAUGUCUUUCGUCACAGAAGACAGGAAGACCGCUCAGGAAUCCACCUUCCCCAACACCUACACCUUUGAUCUGUUCGGUGGAGUCGAUCUGCUUGUGGAAAUCUUAAUGAGACCCACACUAACUAUGCAGAAGAAGAAACCCAAAAUGAACGAUGAGCUGGUCAAAGACUGCCUUAGUGUUCUCUACAACUGUUGCAUAUGUACGGAGGGAGUGACAAAGAGCCUGGCAGCCAGGGACGAUUUUGUUCUGUUUCUCUUCACUCUGAUGACGAACAAAAAGACGUUCCUGCAGACGGCGACGCUCAUUGAAGACAUUCUUGGAGUGAAAAAGGAGAUGAUCCAGUUGGAAGGAAUCCCCAACCUCUCAGGUCUGGUCCAAAGCUUCGACCAGCAGCAGCUGGCCAACUUCUGCCGCAUCCUGUCCGUCACCAUCUCAGAGCCAGAUAUAGGGAACGACGACAAGCACACUCUACUGGCCAAAAACGCUCAACAGAAGCGCAACGCCAGCCCGUCCCGCGCCGAGGUCAACCAGGUGACUCUACUGAACAUCCCAGGCUUCAUUGAGCGGCUGUGUAAGUUAGCCACUAGAAAAGUGUCUGAAGCCACAGGAGCAAACUUCCUGCAGGAGCUGGAGGACUGGUACACCUGGCUGGACAACGCUCUGGUGCUCGACGCGCUCAUGCAGAUGGCCACUGAAGAGGCUGAGCAGAGCAGCACAGAGUCAUCAGACGAGAGUCCUCUGGCCACCAGCCCUCUGAGACACAGGCUGCCCCAGUCCAUGAAGACCGUCCAUGAGAUCAUGUACAAGGUGGAGGUUCUGUACGUGCUCUGCGUCCUGCUGAUGGGCCGACAGAGGAACCAGGUUCACAAGAUGCUGGCCGAUUUCCGUCUCAUCCCGGGGCUCAACAACCUCUUCGACAAGCUCAUUUGGAGGAAAUACACCGCGUCCAAUCACGUGGUGCACGGCCAGAAUGAGAACUGCGACUGCAGCCCAGAGAUAUCCUUUAAAAUCCAGUUCCUGCGGCUACUCCAGAGUUUCAGCGAUCACCAUGAGAACAAGUACCUCUUGCUCAACAACCAGGAGCUGAACGAACUGAGUGCCAUCUCCAUGAAGGCUAACAUCCCAGAGGUGGAAGCUCUAGUCAACACAGACAGAAGCUUAGUUUGUGACGGAAAGAAGGGUCUCCUCACGCGCCUCCUCACCGUCAUGAAGAGGGAACCUCCCGACUCAUCCUUCAGGUUCUGGCAGGCAAGGGCAGUGGAAAGUUUUCUAAGAGGAGCAACAUCUUACGCAGACCAAAUGUUCCUCCUAAAGCGAGGGCUCCUAGAGCACAUCCUGCUCUGCAUCAUAGACAGCGGCUGUACGUCUCGAGACGUCCUUCAGAGCUACUUUGAUCUGCUGGGGGAGCUCAUGAAGUUCAACAUCGACGCUUUUAAAAGGUUCAACAAAUAUGUCAACACACCAGAGAAGUUUCAGGCCUUCCUGACUCAGAUCAACAGCUCCUUGGUGGACUCCAACAUGCUGGUGCGCUGCAUCGUCCUCUCACUGGACCGCUUUGAAAGCCAGACCGAAGAUGUCAAAGUUAUGGAGGUGCUGUCUGAUUGCUGCCUGCUGUCCUACGUGGCCAGAGUUGAAAACAGAUUGUCCUUCCUCUUCCGACUCAUCAACAUCAUCAACGUACAAACGCUUACACAGGAGAAUGUGAGCUGUUUAAAUACCAGCUUGGUGAUCUUGAUGUUGGCCAGACGAAAGGCGAAGCUGCCCUUCUAUCUCAACGCCCUGCGGGAGAAGGAGUACACGGAGAAAUACCCCGGGUGCCUGCUGAACAACUUCCACAACCUGCUGCGCUUCUGGCAACGCCACUACCUCAACAAGGACAAGGAUAGCACAUGUCUGGAGAACAGCUCCUGCAUCCCGUUCAGCUACUGGAAGGAGACGGUGUCAGUACUUCUGGGCUCUGACAGAACUUCUCGCUGUGCCAUUGUGAGUUACAUUGACGAGCCCUUCAUGGAUCUGGACAGAGACCUGCUGGAAGAUUGACCCUCCGGCGGGCGGAGGCGCUGGGGCUCGGAGGCGACCUGUGGCUCAGACUCCUCUGAUCCGACCCCUCCAGGUGUUUUUGUGACUGCGUUCAGGAUCUAAAGACUCACCCGUCUGCUGUCCGUACCUUCGCAUGGAGGCCGUCAUCACAGUUGAGAGCGGAUAAUGGAGUUCGACUGACUGUCAUCUUUUCACAAAGUUAAAAUGCUUCUUUUUUUUUUUUUUUUUUUUUUGUUUUUUUUUUUUUUGUUUCUUUGAAAGGAGAACUUAAAGCUACAGGCCCCCUUUUCCCAGCGGUCUAAUAGACAAUAAUAGACUUUGGAAAAACGACACCCGCAUUGGUUGUUUGCUUUAUGUGAAAUUCAGAUAGAGCCUUUUAUAUAGCCUAUACAGAAUUCUAUGGAAAAGUGUGAAUGAACAAAUUAUAUGUAAAAAGAAAAAAAACAACAACAAAAAAGCAACCAGUUUCUUUUCACAUGGACUUGAUUUAGAAACUGGGCACAGAUUGAGCCCACGUGUGCAGGACGGUAGCGUGUCGUCACCAGCCUCACUCUGUCACUACUUUGACUAACUCUGUCGACUCCAUGCCUCACCGCUGCUUCACCGCUGCCUCGCCCGAGGUGAACAAAAUGCUAAUGGUUGAGCGUUUGCAGGGUGGGUAGGGGGGACUUCUCAUCUUCCUGUUCUCUGGCUCUGUUUUACUACGUGGCUAUCUUUGGUUGGUGCUUUCUGGCUCUACUCGGCCCACUUAAUCAGCAAGACGGCCCGGUUCUCAUAUCUUAAAGGAUUCGUCUUGCUUAAGAAAAAACUCAUUCUGUUCGUGGCUUCAGAAGCUUCACCCAGGGACUCAUGAUUACUUUAUUUUUAUUCUUUUCUCUUUUUUUUUUUUUUUUUUUUUCUUUUUGAGGUUUAUUUUUUGUUUUGAUCGAUGGCUUUUAAUUCUGGAUAAACUGUAGAAUAAAACAUUGCACAGGUUAAUUGUUUUUAUUGUUUAAUAUAUAUAUAUAUUAACUCAUUUGUUCAUUAAAGUGUUCCCAUUCUCUAACAAAUUCUUUCAAUGUUGUGAGAGAUGCUUUAGAAAGAGAAUAAACUAUGCAGGUGCUAGUAUUCAGAGCAGACUCUUCCUUCAGGUUCCUCUACCUGGUUUUGAAACUCAGAAUCGGUUGGUUCUGGACAGCAGGAGUCCAGAUUCAUUUCCAAUCGUUAUUUUGAAACUGGGUCAAACUAUUGCUGACGUAAUUUCCUUGUGUUGGAGAAUGUUGAGUGCAACUCAAAGUUGUCGUAUUUUUACGACUAAACGUCUCUAAUAAGAAGAACCAAGUCCAUCCAGAGGCUUUCGCUGCAGAGCUGACGUUGCUGCACCCAAAUGAGCUUUUAUCUAAUUUACUAGCUCUAAUAUAGAAAGCGUUUUGAAAGAAAGUGACUCAGAUUCUGUUUUUAUGACAGCAAAUAAAUUUGUUCGACAAAGCCCAAAAGAAUUUGAAAACUGGACACCAUUUGUUUGAUAAAUCUGCAAAAUCAUUUCGUCAUUAAUUUGCUUGAUUUUCUUGUCGAACGAAUAAAUUUGGCCCCACAUGGCAAAAUGUUUUUACACUCCUGCCUUACCUUUUCUCUGUUUCCAUUUGCCGUCUUCACUUUCUGAAGACGGAUUAAACAAAGUUCAGUGUGACGUCUGAAGCUUUGGAUCUUUUAAAAACUGUUUUAGGUUUCUUCACACCUUCCUCCCCGACCUGUCUGCUCUGUUUCUUGAUCUUUAUGAUGCCGUUUGUUUUCUGAGGCCUUCACAGGACAGCGGGAUUAAUGCGUAGAUUAAACUGGAGUUUGCUAAUCAGGUGAUUUUAUUGCAGUGGAUUUUAUGUUUUCAAUGUCAAAGUAAAGGGCAUGUGCUUUUUUUUCACUUUUGAGAUCAUCAUUUGUAGAACUUUUGGAAAACAUGCAGUUUUCCUUCUACUCUACCGUUUAGUGAUUUUCAUUAAAGCCGACCGGACAGCA